AUGAAAAUUACCCGUACCCAGAUUGGAGAAUCACUCGGAUUCAUCAGAAAUCACCGCCAACUGUUGGGCCGACUCGAGGCGCUCGAGGGCUUUCUGGUGGGCCCAGGUCUCGAUGGUGAGAUCGGGCUUGGCGUUGAGCCCAACGCCGAGGAUGACGAUGGUGAGGAAGCUCGUGAUGUAGCAUGGCAGCUCCCAGUCCUCCCACUUCCUCGACUGACCUGGUGGUGGCAGCGUUCUGUUCAAAAAAUAGCCGUUGGGGCGUUUUUGGUGGCCGGGAGUGGCCCACCGGCUUGGGCCAUCUCCGCCACCUCCUCGGAUGCGAAGGGUGGCGCUCAGCCUUGUUCGGAGCAUGCCUGCGGCGCUCGCGAAGGUCUUUGGGGACGGCAUUUUUGGAGGAGAGAGAAAGAGAGACUCCGAGAGAGCUUAACUUGGAUCUGGCUUUGCCAAGGGUGGUCUUGCGUGAGUGUCACUGACAAUUACGACGUCGUUGUAAGUUGCCAAUUGAGGAUUUCCCUUUCGUACAAUUUUAUUUCCAAAACGCCGUCGUAG